AUGGCCGGGAGGGUGGCACUGCUCCUGUGCCCAGUGCUGGCCCUGGCAGGCUGGUGUCCCCUGUCACCCACAGGUGCCCAGACCACCCAGCUCCUGGUGGAGCCCCCCUGGAGGCCGGCGGUGCUGUGGGACCGGGUGACCCUGACCUGCCAGGGCUUGGGGACCGCCGGUGCCACCACCUGGUACAAGGACGGGCAGCACUGGGGGCAGCAGGGACGUGACCGCCUCAUUGUCACCGAGAGUGGCACCUACAGGUGUUACAGACCCGGCACUGGGCGCAGCCCCUCCGUGACAGUCUUAAAUGAUGAUCUGGUGCUGCAGGUGCCGGUGUGGGCGCUGCUGGAGGGGGACACGGUGACACUGCGCUGCCGGGGCUGGCGGAACACGAAGGUCACAUCGGUGUCCUUCUACCGAGAGGAGACAGAACUGGAGAGGCUCCGUGAUGGCCCCGAGCUGUCCCUGUCCCCUCUGCAGCUGAACCACAGCGGCCGCUACAGCUGCAGGGGCAAGGUGGGAUACUGGGGGUGGCAGGAGUCAGAGCCGGUGACAGUGACAGUGCACGAGCUCUUCACAGAGCCGGUGCUGGUGCUGCAGGGUCCCCCCGAGCCCACCGAGGGGUCCCCCCUGACUCUCAGCUGCCUCAGCACCCGCAGCCCCCUGCGGCCCCGAGCCCCCCUCCUGCACGUGUUCUACCGGGACGGGCAGGUGGUGGGGGGCCCGCAGGGGUCCCCGCAGCUGCUGGUGCCCGCCGUGGGGCUCUCCCACUCGGGGGAUUACGGCUGUGAGGUGCGAUCCGAGGGUGGGGCCGUGCGGAAGAGCAGCGCCCGGCUCCGCGUCACGGUGCACAGGGUCCCGCCCUCGGGGGUGUCCCUGUCAGCGCAGCCCCCCGGGGCACAGGUGGCACUUGGGGACAGCCUGGAGCUGAACUGCACGGUGGCCAUGGGGACAGGUCCCCUGUCCUUCUCCUGGCACCGGGAGGGCUCGGGGGCACUGCUGGGCACCGGCCCCCACCUGGAGCUGCGCCACCUUGGGGACAAUGACAGUGGCCAGUACCAGUGCCGGGUCAGCGACGGGGACAGCGUGGCCGAGAGUGACCCCAUGAAUGUCACCGUCCUGGUGCCCGUGGCCAAUGCCACCAUCACCCCCGGUCCCCUGUCACACCAGGUGCGUGCAGGUGACAAUGUGACCCUGCACUGCUCGGUGCAGGUGGGCUCAGCCCCUGUCACCUUCACCUGGCUGCACAACGGGCAGGAGGUGGCCCAGGGUCCCCUCCUGGAGUUUGGGGACAUCGACGUGGGACAUUCGGGCACCUACCAGUGCGUGGCCACCAACCAGCUGGGACAGGACGGGCACCGCGUGUUCCGGGCACUCAGCCCUGAGCUGGCCCUGGAGGUGACAACGUGGGGACAUGGGGACACAGCAGUGGCUGCAGGGGUUGGCAGCUCCCUCCUGGCCCUGGUCCUGCUCGGGGCGGCCAUCGUGGGCUGGCGGCGGUGCCACCGCCAGGCCCCCAGGACAGCCCAGGACAGGACCCCCGUGGUGUCCCUCGAGGGGGAGGAGGUGCUCUACAGCCACGUGGUGCCCACGGCGAGGGCGGCGGGGUCCCCAAGUGCCACCCCCGAGGAGCCCCAGGUGACCUACGCGGAGCUGCGGGGACCGAGGUGGCAGCCGGGGGACAGCGGGGACUACGAGAACGUGCUGUGACACCGGGCUGGCACCGGGGGGUGGCACUGGGUCCCCGGUGACACCCAGGGGACAGCGGUGACAUCCACGAGACCGUGCUGUGACACCGGGGUGGCACUGGGUGACACUGGGGACAGCCACACGCGUGUGUCCCCUCAUUCCCUGGGUGCCCACCCUGCCCGUGGCCACCGUCCCUCUGUCCCUGUCACUGUCCCUGUCCCCUCCCUGUGGCCGCCGGGACCUGUCCCUGUCACUGUUCCUGUCCCUUGUGACCGUGGCCACCACAAGCUGCUGGCAGCUGGCCUUGUCCCCUCCCUGUGGCCACCAGGACCUGUCCCUGUCCCCUCCCUGUGGCCACCAUCCCUCUGUCCCUGUCGCCUCCCGGUGGCCACCAGGACCUGUCCCUGUCCCCUCCCUGUGGCCACCAUCCCUCUGUCCCUGUCGCCUCCUGGUGGCCACCAGGACCUGUCCCUGUCCCUCUGUCCCUCUGUCCCUCCAAGCCGCAGGAAUUUGGGACAAUCCCAAGAACGAGCCCAGAGUGACCCCGAGUGCCCCCCGGGGGGGUUUGGGGACAGCCCGGGGGGGUCCCGGGGAGCGGAGCCCCCCCCGAUGGAAGGAAGAAAAGUGAAACUUUGAUUUCUGUCUCAUUUCUCAUUUUUCUGGACAAUAAAUUCAAUUCUUGUCCCCAAA